AUGGGUGGACAACUCGACAUCUUGGACAUCGUCGUCCUUGGAGUCUUAGCUUUAGGGACGAUAGCAUAUUUUACAAAGGGAACAUACUGGGGUAUUGUAAAGGAUCCCUAUGCUCCUAAUUAUCCCCCCGCCAAUGGAAACAAACCGGCAAAGACAAGGAAUAUUGUCGAGAAGAUGGACGAGUCAAACAAGAACUGCGUCGUCUUCUAUGGUUCGCAGACUGGUACAGCAGAAGAUUAUGCUUCUAGAUUGGCAAAAGAAGGCAAGAGUCGUUUUGGCUUAGAGACUAUGGUAGCAGAUUUGGAAGACUACGAUUUUGAUAACCUUGAUACUCUUGGAGACGACAAAGUCGCCAUCUUCGUACUGGCUACAUAUGGUGAAGGUGAACCAACCGACAACGCAGUGGAUUUCUAUGAAUUCUUCAUGAACGAGGAUCUUGAAUUCUCCAGUGGUGAGAAAUCGCUCGAAAACCUCAAGUUUGUCGCAUUUGGUCUCGGAAACAACACCUAUGAACACUACAACUCAAUGGUCAGAAACGUCACAAAGGCAUUUGAGAAGCUCGGAGCCACAAAAAUCGGCGAAGCUGGUGAAGGAGACGAUGGUGCUGGUACUAUGGAAGAAGACUUUUUGGCCUGGAAGGAGCCAAUGUGGACCGCAUUGGCUGAAAAGAUGGGACUACAGGAACGUGAAGCUGUUUAUGAACCGACUUUUGCUAUUACGGACAGGGACGAAUUGACAAAGGAUUCUCCACAAGUAUAUCUCGGCGAGCCAAACAAAAUGCAUCUCGAGGGCACAUCAAAGGGUCCUUACAACGCUCACAACCCAUACAUUGCACCUAUCGCUGAGUCCAAGGAACUUUUCACCGUCCAAGACCGAAACUGCUUGCACUUAGAAGUCGACAUCAGUGGAUCUAACCUCAGCUAUCAAACUGGAGAUCACAUUGCAAUUUGGCCAACAAAUGCCGGAAGGGAAGUGGACCGAUUCCUCGAUGUUACUGGACUUUCUUCCAAGAAGGAUUCUGUCAUUGCCGUCAAACCAUUGGAAUCAACUGCAAAAGUUCCGUUCCCCUCGCCUACUACAUACGAUGCUAUAGUCAGAUAUCACAUGGAGAUUUGCGCACCUGUAUCACGUCAAUUUCUUGCCACUUUGUCCGCCUUUGCCCCAAAUGACGCCAUCAAGGCCGAAAUGGAGAAGCUUGGUGGUGAUAAGGAUUACUUUCAUCAAAAGAUCACUAAAAACUAUUUGAACAUCGCACAGGUUUUACAAGAAGUUGGUGGCCAAGAAAAAUGGACCAAAAUUCCAUUUUCCGCGUUCAUUGAAGGUUUGGGCAAAAUUCAGCCUCGUUACUACUCUAUCUCAUCUUCGUCGCUUGUUCAACAGAAGAAGAUUUCUAUCACAGCGGUUGUUGAGUCAAUUGAUAUUCCUGGAAGAACCGAUGCUUUGAAGGGUGUUACCACAAAUUAUCUCCUUGCAUUGAAGCAGAAGCAACAUGGCGAAGAAAACCCCGACCCUCACGGCCUCACAUAUGAAAUCACUGGACCACGCAAUAAGUAUGAUGGCAUCCACGUUCCCGUACACGUACGACAUUCCAAUUUCAAGCUUCCAUCGGAUCCAUCCAAGCCUAUCAUCAUGAUCGGUCCCGGUACUGGUGUUGCACCUUUCCGAGCAUUCGUUCAGGAAAGAGCUGCACAGGCAAAGGCUGGCGAGAACGUUGGACGAACUAUCUUAUUCUUUGGAUGUAGAAAAUCUACAGAAGACUUUAUGUACAAGGAAGAAUGGAAGGAAUACGAAGAGGCCCUUGGCGACAAAUUCUCACUCAUCACUGCAUUCUCUCGUGAAGGAAAGGAGAAGGUCUAUGUUCAACACCGUCUCAAGGAACAUGCUAAAGAAGUCAACGAUCUCCUCAUGCAAAAAGCGUACUUCUACGUUUGUGGUGAUGCCGCGAACAUGGCUAGAGAGGUCAACACUGUUCUUGGUAAAAUUAUAGCAGAGCAGCGUGACAUCCCAGAAUCAAAGGCCGAAGAUAUUGUAAAAAGUAUGAGAUCUGCCAAUCAAUACCAGGAGGAUGUAUGGUCAUAG